GUGGGUCGCCGACGUCGUGGGUUUUGGAAUUUCCGUCCCUCCACCUUCUGCUCCGGUCGUUUUGGGGUGUAUUGACGGUAUCUUCACUGCCUGGUGUAUUCGUCUCCGAACACCUCCAAGAGCGUAUUCAGCAAAGGAUCGCUGAAUCAAACGGUAGACGGUCAUUCCACCGACAGGCUCCGAACUUCCCUCGGAUUGGUCACCUCGUCGACCAUCGCAGCUGCUAGUGUUUCUUCUAUUCGGAUAUCUCGAGCGCUUUCUUUGGAGUGGUCUCCGUUUUGAGUAGCUCGACGGAUUCACGAUUGAGAAAAAGGCGCACGUAUUUUCCAUACGACAUUGUAACCAUGGACCUUGAUGCGGGUGGUUCGCUUUUGGACCAACUCCAAAAUCAGCUCCAUCCAGACACGACCCCUCAGGCAUCGGCAGCGCCAUUGUCGAUAUACGAGGAGGAGCCAGUGCCGGAGACUGAUAGUGCAAUUGAGGCGCCACCAGCAGUGAAGCGCGACCUUGAUAUCAGUAGCGAAGAGCUUUUUCCUGCUUUACCAGCUGCUGCCCCUGGGAAGUCACCCAUUGGUGCCUGGGCGACUAAGGGCAUAAAUGGACACGCUCGUGCAGCUUCCGCAUCCUCUGGAUCCUCUCGUGGUGCCACCCCAUCAGGCGGGAUUGGUAGGCCAAAGAAGAUCACGGAACGGUUCGAGAUCCCCGCACAAUUGCAGGCAAACUUGCAAAAUGAAAAGGGAAAGCCUAUAACAGCCGCAUAUGUGUGCAAGCAGAUCAUGUCGCGUUUGGGAACAUCUAUCGAUCUAUCCAGCAACAGUAGAACGGGCGUCCUUACCGUGCUUAUUAACGGCAAACCAGAAGCAGUAAAGCAAACGAAGCGUGAAGUAAUUAGCGCCCUUACACUUCAGGUUAAAGAGGUUAUCACGAUUCCGGCGUCAGUUCGGCCCCAUCUCGUGGGCAAAGCGGGUGCAAAUAUCAAAGCACUGAUGGCCCGAACCUUAACCAAGAUUGAUAUUCCGCGCAACUCCGAUGAGGAUCGCAAUGCCCCUGUUUCCGAUAAUUUGAUGGAAGAGGAGCCGGAACAGGAUGUUGUGAUUAUCGGCGAUUAUGAGGGUGUGGAAGAGGCAAAAAAGGCAAUUGAAACCCUAGUUUCGCAACGGACGAGUAAGCGCACUCUGCGAGUGAGCAUCGAACGUUCAUAUCACCCGUUCAUAGCAGGGCCCAAUGGCUCUCAAGUACAGCUCCUACAAUUGGAAACAGAUACACGCAUUCACAUCCCGCCCGUAGUGCCUACAUUACAAGAUAAGGGAUCCAGUGAUAUCCUCAUUGUAGGCGAACGCACCGCGGUUCUGGCUGCUGAAGAGCGCUUGAGGGCUAUUUAUGAAGAAGUGAAACGUACCACGCGUACAUUGCAGAUUCCCGUCAAAAAGCGUCAGCACCGCUUCAUCAUCGGUCAGAAAGGGGCAGCUCUACAGGAAGUAAUGGAGCAAACUGGAUGUCAUGUCGAACUCCCACCGCCAUCAGAUCCGUCUGAGACCAUUACCAUCAGGGGGCCCGAGAACAUGCUAAGUCAAGCUUUGCAGCUGGUUAUUGAAAAGUCAAAUUCUAUUGUGAUCGAUGAGAUUGAUGUCGUUGCAACAAUCUCGCCAUCUACUGACCCUGAAUUAUUUUUGCGGUAUGUAUACACCAAGGAGCGCAAUCAGCUGAAAGCCAUCGAAAGCGCGCACAAUGCUACGAUAUUGCAGCAAAAGUCGACUGAGGGGAACUCGAUUUUGGAAAUUCAGUCCAAGACAAAGAUGGACACCGAUGCUGCACGGGCGGCAUUGUAUGCGUUGGUCAAAGAGUGGGGUAGCUUGCUGUCCUUUGGCGUAGUGGAGAUUCCAAGCGGGUUGCACAAGUUUGUGGUUGGCAAAGGCGGACAGAAUAUUACAAAGGUCCGGGCGAAAAAGGAAUGGGACGGCCGACUAGUCGAUGUUAUUGUGCCACACGAGAGCGAUGAAUCAGAUGAAGUUUUAAUUGUUGUAAAGCGCAUACCCGGCGCGAAAGGCGGGCUGGCUGCCAGCGACAAGGAAAGUUCUACAUUGAUCGAGAAAGUUAAAGAGGAGCUUGAAUCGCAAGCGACAGCAUUAGCCGACCUCGUCACGCAAACAAUAAGCAUUGACCCUAAGUACCACGGUCGUUUGAUUGGCGCAGGAGGUGCUGCACUGAAGGAGCUGCUUUCUCCAUACGGAAAUGCCGUGACCGUGAAAUUCCCCAAAAACGUGGAACAAAGUGCAAAGGAGUCCAAAGCGAAUGGCAAGGAAAGCGAUCCCAGCGCGGUCGUUAUCCGCGGUCCCAAGAAGGAGGCUAUGGAGGUGGCGGACAAAAUUAGCAAACAGGUGGCCGAAUGGCGACAUGUAGAGCUCAUGAGCAGCUUUUCUGAGGUCAUAACUGUUCCAAAAGGACUGGGCCGACGGCUGGUUGGUAGCGGGAAAGACCUAAAGUGGAUUGUUAGUGCUGUCCGAGAAAAGGUUGCGUCCGGCGAAGUCCACAAAAGCAAAAUCAGUGAGAAGGAAUUGACUCCUCCUAAUCUAAAUUUGCGAGCAGAAGUAGAUGUGGGAGUGGACCAGGAUACUCUUACUUUGUACGGACCCAAGACCAUUGUCGCAUUGGCGAAAGCUGUCGUCGCUGAGCGGGCUCAGAAGCUGGCCGACACGGUCACCGAAGAAGUUGAUCUCUUUAAUGCCGUGUCUGGAACAACACGUAAAUCACUGCAUGAAAUUGGCGGAGAUAUCCGUCGCAAAGUUCUACGCAGGAUCAUCGGGAAAGAAGGCAAGGGCAUCAAACGAAUAAGCGAGAAACACAGCAUCUAUGUCAAGUUUGCAGACCGUAACCGUACGACCGUUCGGGAAGACGAUGAAGACGAGAAUGCAUCGGUUGAGGACUUAGAAGCCAGCGAAGAAGCCACUGGAUCGGUAUCCAUCAAGGGCAGUGUUGCCGAUGUCGCGGCUGCGCGAAAGGAGUUAGUUGAGCUGGUCGAACACGAGAUUCUCCAUUCCUUUGUUGCCACCUUCCUGUUCGCGAAGGCAUGUCUGCCUCAUAUUGUUGGUCGCGCUGGUGCAAAGGUCCAGAAGUUGAAGGACGAGUGCGACGUGAGAAUUGAUUUCAGGGAUAUGGACGAUGACGAUGAAAACGUUGAGUGCAUCAUUGAGGGUACAAAGGAAGGGUGCGCCGACGCUAGACAAAAGAUCCUGGAGGCUGUGGAUGACAUGGUGAAUACCCAGUCCGUUGAGAUGCAAAUUCCAUCGUAUCUCCAUAAACACAUCAUCGGCCCGGGAGGGUCGAAGAUUCGAUCUGUUAUCGACAACUUCGGCGGACCAGACAAGCUCAAAGUACAGUUCCCUCGAGCACAUGUCGACCCUGCUUCCGCUCAGGAUACGGUGACGAUUAAGGCCCAUCUACGAGUGGUUCCUGAGGUGCAAAAGGAGCUUGAACGCCUUGUCCACGAAGCCCUGAGUAGCGAGGAAGGUGAGACUCGCGAAGUGGAAUUGGUUGGCCGCUCUGGAGACUCGAAUGUGGUAGAGAAGAUCAUCAGUAUACCGAAAGCAGAUAGUAACCGAGUUGCAGGUCGAAGCGGUGAGGGAUUGAUGGAUGUAAUGAAGAGGUUCGGUGUGACUGUAUGGUACGAGGAGGGAAGUGAGCAGGACGAUUUUGUGAAGAUCAGGAUCGCUGCCAGAAUUGGUAAGGAAAGCGAUGUGCACGAGGCGCGAAAUGAGCUUUUGUCAAGAGUUCGCAUCUCCCAGUCAGUGCCGAUUCCACACAACAUUCUAGAAGCUAUUCAGGCCGCCACUGGAGCAGAGCGGGACAUGCAUUUGGCUGCACUUCAAGAUAUAGCAAAGCGGGUACGACAGGAAUCUGGAGUGUUCCCGGAAUUGAGCAGCGGUGCAACCAAAGGUUCAGAAGGUGCAUGCUUUGUAGUGCGUGGAGAUACAAAAGCUGUGGAUAAGGGCGUCAAAAGCUGUGAAAAAUUUUUGGACGAACUGACGAAGUACACACAUUCCCACCGGAUACAGUUGGAUUCCGACCUCCGCCCGCAUCUCAUCGGCCGUCAAGGGUUCACGAUCAAUAGGCUCCGCUCCGAGAGCGGUGCUGAAAUUGACAUAAUUCGUGGCGCUCAGAAGGGAACCAAAGAUACUGUGGUCAUUCGAGGGAUAUCAGAAGCUAGCGUUGAGAAGGCGCGGCAGAUGAUUGAGGGCAUUGUGCACGAUCAGGAAGAGCGCCUACGACGCGAUAGAGAGCGUGAGGAGCGGGACCGCGAGCGAGAAAGAGAACUAGAGUCCAGGAGAGUUCAAGCCAGGAUUGAUGAUGAUGAUGCUGACCAUAAGGUACAGGCUACCGAAUCUUCGGACCAGCCUUCUGUACCCGGCUGGAGUGGGCGGGCGCAUGUACAUCGCCCGAGUAGAAAUAAGAAGAAACGAGUCGACGAGACAGCCACUCCAAGUCCACCGCCACUCAGCCGUGAAAGCUCCACAGCUUCCUAUUGGAGCUAUGUGGAAGGCGUAGCAAGCAAAAAGGAUGAAAGUGGCUGGAAGGAAGUAGGCGGAGGAAAGAAGGCCAUCAAAGGGAAUAAGGAAAAGGCAGAUGACGCAAAGCAGCCCAGGGAACCCGAACCCAAACCUGAGGUAGAUGAAGUACAGGUGGAAGGUGGAGCUACUGCUGCCAAGAAGAAAAAGAAGAAGAAGGGUGCAGCAGCAGGUCCGGAGGCAGCUCCCCCACUGACAGGCCCAGUCCCUGUAUCCCCAAGUGCUAGACCCCCUUCCCCGGUGAAACAAGAGCCUGUUGCACAACCCAAGGUGCAAGAGACUGCAAGGCCCCCAUCCCCUGCGAAAGCUGCCGCCUUUGAAAAGCCCCUCACCAAGCAAACUGCCGUCCGGCCAGUCUCACCGGCACCAUCCGCUUCGGCCGUCCGCGAAGAAAUUAAACAAGUGCCAACACUACCGGAAUUCGAGGUCGAAGACGUUGAGGCACAACCGGAAAACGACGGUUGGCAGACUGUAAACAGCGUCAAAAAGUUCAAGCAGGCAAAACUAGCAGCGCAGAACAGUACCACGGGGAUUGGCAGUGUGCCAACCAUGCCCGGAGGUGACGAGGAGGCGGCGAAAAAGAAGAAGAAAAAUAAGAAAAAGAAGAAGAAGGCUGGAAACGAUGGAGCAGCAAUGCCUGGAGAUGGUGAAUGAGGACUGGCAGCUUUUUGUGCUUGAGUUGUUACUCCACGUGAGGGCAUCAAGCGGUAUCGAAUAUGAUUGAUGACCUCUUCUUGGUGAAGUCUUCGUUACGGGUUAGCGUAUCUUAGCAUGUUCGCUGUUGUAUUCUCACUAUGAGUGAACUGUGCUGAUGAUGGAAGGCAAGGUUUGAGCAUUUGUAUGUGCCUUGUGUGUGAUUUAGAUUGCGGGAUUUCAUUUGGGGGUAUAAUAUAUUUGAGGAACACACAUUUCUACCUAGUUUCGGUCUCUAUAUGACGCAUUCAACCUUGGCUUCCAAAUUCGAAAAAUAGCAUAGGGAGAGAAAUGGUGCUGGCUCUUCAAGGGGCUUACGAACUCCAAG